CCAGAGGAAGGAGGGCCAACGGAAGAGCAGUCUAAAUUCCAGUCGAUAGGAAUUCAGGUGGAGGAUGAGCGAUGUCCUGGGGAAGAUCCGCAGUGCAGUGGGGAGUGCCCAGCUGCUUAUGUCCCAGAAGUUCCAGCAGUUCCGGGAGCUGUGUGAGGAGAAUCUGAACCCAAAUGCACACCCACGGCCCAUCUCCCAAGACCUGGCAGGGUUCUGGGACAUGCUCCAGCUGUCAAUCGAGAACAUUAGCCUGAAGUUUGAUGAACUCCACCAACUUAAAGCCAACAACUGGAAUCCUUUGACCCCGCCAGAAAUUCAGGAGAGAAGGAUGCCCCCUCCUGUGCCAAAGAAGCCCCUGAAGGGCCACCACCCUCCACUGGCUAGGGACCGCUCGCUGGAGAGCUCUGAGCGCCAGCGUCUGGAGGCUCGUAAACGCCUGCUAGCUGCCAAACGUGCCGCGUCGGUUCGGCAGAGCUCUGCUACAGAGAGCGCAGACAGUAUUGAGAUCUAUAUCCCAGAGGCUCAGACCAGACUAUGAGACGCGCAAAUGCAUGUACCCACACACAUGCUCAAUACACUGUCCCAUGCACUCUAUAGCACUGAAUGGUAAGGUUAGGGUGCUAACACAACAUAAUUACAUCUUUUGCGGACUAUCCAGAUCACUGUGCGGUCAGUCACAAUGGAAGAAAAACACGAAAUGUACAUUUAUAGUAUUUAUUUAUUUAUUUAUUACCCCCAAACCCAGUUCCCAAAUUUUAUUCUCCCAGCUUUAAUGUAGCAGUCCCUCCUCUUCCUGUACCUCCACCUGCCCCUCACUGUCAAAGAAGUAUCUUAUAAAUCCCUUUCUUUAAGUGGCCUAAUAUUGCAAAGUAAGCCAGGUGUAGCACAGCAGUGAUGCUUCACGUUAUUAUAUUCCAGGUGCCGAGAAUCAGAGGAAAACAAGAAGAGAGCAUGCAUGUGGAAUGUGUGUAUGUAUGUAUAUGCAGCACACACAACAAGUGUUUUAUUUGGUCUGAUCUGCAGCUCAGAUCAAAUGUAUUAAAUCAAAUGGAGACACCAGACCUCACAUAUUGACUCAUA